CGACCUCCCUCUUUUACCAGUUAUUCUGCCCAAUCGCUGGCGCUGGCUGCACGCUCGUUGACAAUAAUUUGUACAGACUACGCAAAAAAAAACAUGCCUAUCGACUUGUACUACGUGCCAGGGUCACCGCCAUGCCGCGCCGUGCUCCUGACCGCUCGGGCUCUCAACCUCAACCUGAACCUCAAGCUGGUCGACUUGCACCACGGCGAGCAUCUCAAGCCUGAAUACGUCAAGUUGAACCCGCAACACACAGUGCCGACACUAGUCGACGACGGGCUGGCGCUGAGCGAGUCUCGCGCUAUUAUUACCUACCUGGUUAACAAGUACGGCAAGGCGAGCGGCCUGUAUCCGGAGGAGGCCCGCGCGCGUGCACUCGUCGACCAGCGCCUGUACUUUGACAUCGGCACCCUCUACCAGCGCUUUAGUGAAUACUUCUACCCACAAGUGUUCGCGGGUGCUCCAGCGGACAAGGAGAAGGCGGCCAAGGUGGAGGAUGCCUUGAAGAUUCUGGACGUGUUCCUAGAGGGGCAGAAGUAUGUGGCAGGAGCCGGCCUCACCGUGGCGGACCUCAGCCUCAUCGCAAGCGUCUCCACAUUCGAGGCCUCCGAUAUCGAUUUCAAGAAGUUCGCCAAUGUUAAGAGGUGGUACGAGACUGUGAAGACGACAGCGCCAGGCUACCAGGAAGCCAACGAGAAGGGGCUCGAUGCGUUCAAAGCCCUCGUCAGCAGCAUGAAGAAGUAAUGAAGCCGGAGGAAACUCGAUAGACCCGAGUCCGGGGGGAAGCCGUGACACAACGCUAAUAUUAUAGCACCUCACUGCACCACAAUAAUAUAAGACUUAUAAUCUAAGGCACAAUAAAUUAAUUAUUAAUUUAAA